UCGUUCCGUCACAGUGAGAGAAGAAAUUAGAAUCAAGAAACCGACGUCUCUUCUCUUCUCUCUCCCUCACCUCCUCUUUCUUCUCUUCUCUUUUUUUUCUUUGGAUCUCUCUCUCUCUCUCCCUCGCUGAUUAAACCUCUAAAAUCAGGGAGUUUCUUUUUUUUGUUGGUUUCGGAUUCUCAGGAAAAUUUAGCAACUCUCUUUGUGUCUUUUGCUGCUGUUUGCUCAGCCCCCUUUGAAAGCUUUUGUCUUUCUCUCUCUCUCUCUCACAAUCUUAAUGUUCUCAAGAGGGCUUCUGCAGCAAGCGAAAUGGGACAAAGAAAUAGGACUGUUGAUUUAGAAAUGGAGCAGCAGCAAUCUCAAGCUUCUCUCCAACCAGAACCUUGCAUCCUUUUAGGCAGCUUUCCCCAACAACCGGAUAUUAAUAUCCCUGCCAUGGUUGCAAAUGUUCCUAAUUUAGAACCUCAUUCUCUUCAAGACCCAGCUUAUGACAACUCAGCAAUGUUCUACGGGCUUCCUCAGUACCAGCAUCAUCCUCAUCAGCGUGCUCCAACGAAUUUCUACGUUCCCUAUGUGGCAUUUCAGGCUCCUCCGGGUCAGUUACCAUCUUCAAGCAGUCACGGUGUAGUUGGAGUAAGUCCUGAUCUUGAAUACGAAAGAAAUGCUCAUUUUAUGGAUCACACAAGAGGGACAUAUAAACGAAAGAACGCUGAAGGAAUACCCGGACAACCUCCAUAUUUAAGUACCUUAGCAGCUCCAUUCAACACACCGGAGACAAUAGCACCUUUUGGAGGCGCUAGGAACAGACCAGGAGCUGUUACAGUGAACCCUGUUCCUCCUCCUCAUGCUCCAAAUAACUUCAUUCCAGGAAACUAUGCAGGUCAUCAUCCUUUUCCACCUCCUGGCUCAAUCUGGUAUGAUCAGCACCACGGUAGAUCUGAUGGCUCACCUUCCUUUUGGCCUCACACACCUUACAUGCACGGUAGUAACAUUGUCGCUGGUUCCAUAGAGUCUAGUAGCAGAAACCCUACAGCAUUUAUGUAUCCUUCACAGUUAAACCCGAGGGACCACUAUUAUAGUCAUCAUCACCACCCGGCACCUCCUCCUGUACAAGGCGUGAGAGGCCAGAACGCCAGAUUAUAUCCUCACAUGGCUUCUUCAGCCUCAUACAGAGUUCCUCCUGGGGGUUUUACUCCUCAGAACACAAUGAAUAGCGGUCCCCCGGGCUCAGAGAUGGGUUCGAGUCAUGUGGGUCCGGUUCAACCAACCGGGUUUCGGAUAUACCAGCAUCAUCAACGAGAUGAUUCUGUACCUGUAGCAACUCUUAGACAACACCGUGGAGGAGGAGUUCCUCGGCUUAGAGUUAUGCCUGAUGAUGAAGUUGCGCUUUUGGAGUUUGGUGACUUCCUUGGUGGUUCUGGAAACAAUCACAUUGAUCAUCAUCGAGAUAUGCGAUUGGAUAUCGAGGAAAUGUCUUACGAGGACCUUCUUGCGUUGAGUGAGCGAAUUGGAACCGUAAACACUGGUUUGCCAGAGGAAGAUGUUAAGAAUCAUUUGAAAACAAGAACAUGUUCUGGAAUCAACCAUGAAAUAGAGUCGUCGUCUCCAAGAACUAAAGAUUUAGAAACUGAACCGUGCACAAUAUGUCAGGAAAGCUUCAAGAACGAAGAAAAGAUUGCGACUUUGGAUUGUGGGCACGAGUAUCAUGCGGAAUGCUUGGAGAAAUGGCUGAUUGUGAAGAACGUUUGCCCAAUCUGUAAAUCAGAGGCACUGGUUAUGGAGAAGAGAAAGGUAUAGGAAGAAGAAUGGUUAUCAUCUAAUCUUAUUGGGUUUAUAAAUAUAUAUAUUUAUAUAUAGAAGGAGACUUUUAAAGAAGAGAAGAAAACAGAGUUUGGGUUUGUUUUCAGCUCCAAAAGAAUUUUCUGUAAAUUUCUACUUUUUUUUUCCUUUUCGUUCUUUUGUGCACAUAAAAUAUGUGUGAAUGGUCAAAAACUGUCAUCUUUUAAUUGGUUUCUUGGCUACGUGAUAAUGAUAAGUGUACAGGCUAAUUUGUUUACACUA